AAUCACAACACCUGACUCAUCCUGUGUGUCACUACUCUUCUUCUCUGCAAAGACUGACACACAUACGGAGAAAAAAACACAACGUACAAACAAGAAAAUUAAAGGAACGUACUCCGACUGACUGAGACUGUGGAGACAUGACCAAAGAGACUGAGACUCUGGGACUGGUCUGUCAGAGUGAGAAUUUUAACUAUAACCGUUAUUCUAACUACAUCAUGGACUCCUGGUCUUUCCUGGAGAACCCUGUCCUGGAUCCAAACCACUCCAAACCCAGACUCCUCCCAGGAGAUGACCUGACAGCCAUCACCAUGUUGUACGAGCAGUGCAAGAACCAGAAAGAUCAGAAGAUGACUACAUCGAACCGCGGAAGCAGCGUUUGCAAAUCGACAGACAGGAUUCUAACCAACACGAACGAGCUGGUUUCACUGGAAUCGUCAGCCAACGUCAUGAAGAUCCUCUCAGAGAACAUUCCCUCUGGGUACCCCCAGGAGGUUUUAGGGUCCAAGCAGAACCCCUCCCUGCCUGUCUCCAUCCCCACCACCUCGGAGACCUACGCCACGUUGACCAGCGUCAUGGCCGACAACUACGACAAACAGGAGCUCAACAUCAUCUUUGACACUCUGCUCGCUCAGAAGUGGCCUGAGACGGGGGCUUUUCCUGACCCCAGCAACGAGAACCUCCCCUACAGUAACCCUUUCCCUGAGGAGCAGUCCAGCCCGGUCUACUCUGGGUCCUACACCAGAUCCCCAUCGGAGAGGUACAGGAGUGAGUUUCAGUUUUCGCUGGGAGCUCCUCCUGCAGCUCCUUAUAAGUCCAGUGAACUGCCCAUGGUUUAUCUGAACAAGGGCCAGUUCUACCCCAUCACCCUCCAUGGAGUGGACAGCAGCGCCAGCUUCACCAGCACCAAAGUCAAGACUGUGGUGAUGGCUGUUUUUGAGAAUGACAAGAGUCCAGAAGUGCAGCUUCGGUUUUGGAAUCACUGGCAUUCACGUCAGCCCACCAUCAAACAGAGGGUCAUUGACAUCGCGGACUACAAAGAAGUGUUCAGUGGCAUUAGCAACAUAGAGGAGGUGGCCUUCAACGCUCUCUCCUUUGUUUGGAACCCCAACGAAGAAGCCAAGGUGUACAUCGGCAUCAACUCCCUGAGUACGGAUUUUUCCUCCCAGAAAGGAGUGAAAGGCCAACCGCUGAACCUCCAGAUCGACACUUACGAUUUCAGCUCAGGAACCAAUCAGCUCCUUCACAGAGCAGCCUGCCAGGUCAAGAUUUUCUGCGAUAAGGGUGCCGAGAGGAAGAUGCGUGACGAGGAAAGAAAGAGGACGAAGAGGAGGGGGAAGAAUGCCACCGAUGCUAACAGCAAGUCUUUAGUGUCCAGCUCUAUUGGCAGCGAGUGCACUUUUUUCCAAACCCUUGACGAUCAUGUCACCCAGCCAGUUCUGUUCAUUCCAGAGACACAUCUCUCCAGUUUACAGCGUUGCAAUGUGGCUGCUCCUCCAGAUGAUAUCGAAAGAAGUUCUCUGAAGAGGUUGUAUCCAGACAGAGAGCAGAACACUUCUCCACCUGGAAAAGUAGCCCGGAAAGAAGACCCGCAGAGAGUUCUGAUGUACGUGAGAACAAGCGCAGAGGAGGUGUUUGAUGCACUCAUGCUGAGCACACCGACACUAUCAGGCCUACGACAAGCUAUUUCAGAAAAGUACGGCAUGCAAAAAGACACCAUUGGGAAAAUCUACAAAAAAUGCAAGAGAGGAAUCUUCGUCAACAUGGACGACAACAUCAUCGAACACUACACUAACCAGUCGGCCUUCCUCAUUGAGAUUUCAGACUCGGUCUCCGGUCAGUUCCAGGUCACUCUGGUUGAAGUAUGAGGAUGGCUCAGCCCCAUGUGGUCGGUCCAUUGAAGGAUGUACCGUACUUUCCGGACUAUUGGCUGCACAUGACUAUAAGCCCCACCCACCCCGUCUCCAACGUCUCACCAUCGAUUCAUUGAUGCCAAGCUUACGUGCAGCAGCUCUAUUUCCUUCUUCGACAGCCGGCUCAAUCGUUAGCCCGGAAAACAUAAAUUAGCCGCAUCAUUUUUGAGCCGCGGGUUCACAAUGUUUGGAAAAAAGUAGCGGCUUAUAGACCGGAAAUUACGGUAAUAAACGAUAGCUGCCAUUGCUCUAAAAAGCACUGCCCAGUCAGAGACAAUGUACGCUGGUCGCUCUCACCGAUGAGAGAACUGGACUGAACUCACAUCUCCAGUUUUUCAGAUUUCAGUUGUCAAAUCGUUUCGAGAUUUUGUUAAUAGUGCUUGCCCAAAUUGUUUAUUUGACCUUAAUAUUUUAUCAUUAGAGCAAUUAUAAUAAAAAGCCUGUAAAUAUAUUUGAUGUAAAUAGAUUUGAAUAUGACAGUGUUUAUGAAUUAGCCAUGUACAUUUUGCUAAUCCAUUUUCCAUACAUUGCUAUGUAUUUCAAAUUUUUUUUUUUUUACCAAGCUCUGUGGAUGAUUUGUACCAGAGUAUUUUCAGAGGUUACUCUUCUCGCUGCUUUCAGUGUACUCAUCAUUUCUUCUACAAAACACGAUGAUGCCUUUCCUCAUCUUCAACCUGGCAAAAAAAAAAAAUGUUCACCACCAAAAGUAUGUUCCUGUAGGUUCCUGUUAGUUUCAGAACUAAAAUGCUCCGAAAACUGGGUUGCAUUCAGUCACACAUUUCCCUUCAUAAAACCACCGGAGCUGUGGACAUUUCCUGAGUGUACGGUGUAACCACAGAGAACCUGGAAAUAGUUCAAACCCCCAACUCUGCGGAUUUUCAUAGUAUGCAUGUGUUCGUAUGUGUUAAAGUUCUUUCUUUUUUUUUUUUUUUUUCUUUAUGCAUCAUUUCAAAGCAAACAUAUAUCCCUGUUAUAUUUCAUCAUUUGUACCAUGGCAGUUUUGGCUGUAUUUGUCAUAUCUUGCCCUUUUUUUGUAAUAAAAUAAAGGAAAAUGCACAAUUGCU